UGGGGCGGGCAGAGCGGACUGGCGCCGGGAGAUUCGAGCCCUGACCGCGGUUCUGACUUAAACCCUGUGUGAUUUGGAAAUAACCUGUAAAGCCCCUACAGACGGACCCAUUUGCUGUGUUUAUUUGCACCGCUGUCAUGUUGUCGCACUGUGUGAUCUUUUUCAGCGGGAUUGGAGGCUGUUAAACCUUAGCAGCCGUGCGGAUGGAGGCCAUGGAGGUAGAUAUUCCCGUGGAGCUGGGAAGAGGCAUUAGACAGCCGGAAGCUGCAGGUGCCGCUGCUGCAGGUCAGCCUGAGGAUGCCAAUGUACCACAUGUUAUCUCAGACUCCGGGAGCAGCACCGAAGUGGACGAAGAUGAAGAUGAUGACGACAACGCAGGAGCGGCUCGGGCACCUCCCAGGCUUCCUGCUACCUGGGCGUUUAGUCAAAGAGUGGUGGGUCAGGUUGCAACUGCGCCCUCUGCUGCUCAGGGGGCUCCCAUACGCAGGAGACUCAGACAAGGCCUCAGGGUGCACUACCCCAGCCAGACCGCAGCACCCUCCAGAGGAUUCCCAGACUUCCUGCUCCGAGCACCCGCUGCCAGCGUGGCACAGCCAGAGUCCGGCAGCACCACAGAGGCCAGUGAGUCUGAGGAUGAGGCAGAGGGUGGUGAAGACGGGACACCUGCAGCUGUGGAGCCCAUUGACCCUGUCCUGCCUGCUGGUCCCAACCUCAGCACACCCAACCAACUCACCCAGUCUCAAGUAGCGAGCACAGCAAACUCCAGUUUAGCUUCCGAUGGUGAGAGGACAGAAGCUCAAAACAAGAACUUCCAGGUGGCCCCAGCAGCCCCAGCUUCAGGCCAGUUGUCCCACAGUGAGGAGAACGAAGGCGACACCUGUACUAUCUGCUUUGAGGCAUGGACGACGGCGGGUGAACACAGACUGUCUGCUCUGCGCUGUGGACACCUCUUCGGCCACACCUGCAUCCAGCGCUGGCUCAAAGCUCAGGGCCAAGCUGCAAAAUGUCCACAGUGCAACAAGAAAGCAAAGCGUUCGGACAUUGUGCUUUUGUACGCUCCAAAGCUGAGAGCCCUGGACAACUCUGAGCAAGAGAACUUAAAGAAGUCUCUGGAGCAGGAGCAGUCUCUGAGGAGGAAGGCUGAAUUGGAGUCGGCUCAGUACAAACUUAAACUGCAAGUUGUCACCAACCAGUAUGGACAAGCACAGCAAGAGCUGCAGGAGCUGAGGGCCCUGAUGGCCCAGGCAGGUAGGAGCUCAGUUCCCUCUACAUCAUCCUCGUCCUCGUCUUCUGCCCUUCACGUCAGUCUGUCUCAGAGGGCCGACGGCUCCAGGACGGCUCAGUACAGCUUCUCUAAGGCGGUGCUGGUGUCUCAGGGCGGAGGCUGCAGGGUUUUAUCCUACUGCGAACCUCUGAGCUGCCUGCUAGCCUCCCAGCCUUCCCCUCACUCCACACUGGUGCCUGGUUGUGGGGUGAAGAAGGUGAGUGUAGUGAACAUGAAGGCCAGUCAGUACGUUCCCAUCCACAGUAAACAGAUCAGAGGCCUGUCCUUCAACAGACAGAACGACAGCCUGCUGCUGUCUGCCGCCCUGGACAGCACCAUAAAACUGACCAGUCUUCUGACCAACACAGUAGUUCAGACGUAUAACGCUGGUAAACCCGUGUGGAGCUGCUGCUGGUGUUUGGAUAACAGUAACUACAUCUACGCCGGUCUGAGCAACGGCUCGGUGCUCAUCUAUGACACCAGAGACACCAGCACACACGUGCAGGAGCUGCAGCCACUCCGCUCCAGGUGUCCGGUGGCGUCUCUGUGCUAUGUUCCACGGGCAGCGUCCAGCUCAUUCCCGUGUGGCGGGCUGAUUGCCGGCUCUCUGGAAGGUGGGUGUUUCUGGGAGCAAGUGAACGAGACCACCUACAGACCUCACCUCCUGCCCCUGGAGACCGCCGGCUGCACCGACAUCCAGGUGGAGACGGAGAGCAGACACUGUCUGGUCACAUACAGGCCUGGACGCUCCAACCCAUUCCUGCGCUGUGUCCUGAUGGCUCUGAACCGAACCCCCCAGCAGGACUCCAGUCAGAUACCCAGCUGCUCCUGCUCACCGGUGCAGACGUUCAGCGCCGGCUCAUCCUGCAAACUGCUCACCAAGAAUGCUGUCUUCAGGAGCCCAGAGGGAGGCGGGACGCUGGUCUGUGCUGGCGAUGAGGCGUCCAACUCCACCAUGGUGUGGGAUGCAAGCAGUGGCUCUCUUCUGCAGAAGCUUCCGGCCGACCUCCCGGUGCUGGACAUCAGUCCCUUCUCGGUGAAUGGCGAGCACUUCCUGGCCUCUCUCACCGAGAAGAUGCUGAAGCUGUACAAGUGGGAGUGAGUGAGGACGACUAGAUGAAUGUGGACCUCUGGUGUCCUCCAGAGACCAGGGAACAAAAAAGCACACCGCAGUGCCAGAGGAGAGAACGCAGUGUGUGCGUGCGUGUGUGUGUGUGUGAAAACUAAAUGCUGCUAAACUUUUAUCUGUAUGUUUACACAGACAAAUGUCUGGAGGAAACCUUUCAGAUUCAUCCCUUUGUAGUUUCUUUUUCUCAGCUCUUUCAACCAAACAUCCAUGUUACUGUGUAACAGCAUGAAGCCUGAGUCAGCUGUGGGGCACUUGGAUGUACUUCCAUUCAGGAUUGUGUAUACAUGCGGGAAAAGGUCAGAUUAAUAAUGCAUAACACUUGUCACUUGGUUAGUCCCUGCAGAGGCUCAGUCAUCUCAGCUGGGCAAGUGGUUGAAGUAUUGUCAACAGAAGGUGUUUUUUCUCUUCUUUUGAGUCUAAUGAAAGCGUCUGCUGUGUCAGCCCUGCACAUAAAUGACUGACACCAACAUUUCUGUAGCUCUUUGCUACAAAUCCCAUAUUUAGACUUUUUUUCUUACCAUUUUCAGCCUGUUCAGGUUUAGACGUGUGCGGCCCAUGCAGCCAUUUGUCCUCAUUCAUUUCUGUACUGAAUGGAAAUGAAUUGGUAGACUUAUCACAGUUGGCAUCCAGUCUGGGCUUUCGCCAUCAUUCCAUCUGCCAGUUGCCUUCUCAAUGAAUCCUUCUGUUAUUAGGACUGUAAAUGACAAUCUGUCUGGUUGUUUUCAGUUCUGUUGUUCACUGUGAUAGAUUACAUGAGAGUGCGUUGUACAGAAAUGACUGAAAAUGUUUUGGCUCCCUGGGAUGGGAGUUUCAAGACCAGUACAAAAAAGGGCCAGACAUGUGUAUAAGUCAACAACAGUAAAUUAUUAAAGGAACCAUUACCACUGGUUUACUCGCAGCCGGUGUAUGUCAUACACUGCUGCUGCCAAAUCAUAUCACACUUUAGAUUCCUUCCCUCCGGGCAAGGAAUCAGUAAAAAUCGUCUUUAUCUUUGCAACAUGGCUCCUAUGGAUCAACCUUUCUUUGUGCAAGAAUAAUCUAUCACUGUUUUUACUCAGGUCAUGCUUCAUAUUAUGAUCACUAUCAUGAUAGUGCAGUGCAUUUGUGCAGCUAUGUAACCAAAGUCUGGGAUGUCCGAUGGUACGUGAGUCCACCUAAAAGUGCAAGUUUGGAAAUGACCACAAAAUACGACCCAGCUUUUACCUUUGAAUAAAGGCGGCCUAAUAUUCAGUGUCAUCUAAAGCUGGUAGGACGGAUUGGAAAACGCUUGGUUGUACUGUAAACUAUUCAUGAUUCGUACAGCUCUGAACACAGAGCUAGCACAAAGUGGCUUCAGGCAUCAGCUCUGUGUUUACAAAUCAUGAAUAAAAUAAGUCCAACACUCGACUGAAGAGAAAAAGGGAUUCGCCACAUGAAGCUCAGCUGAGAUCACAAAGUUUUGCUGUUUUGACCAGAAACAGUGCAACUGGCUGCCACUUUUUAGCCCGCAGACAAAAACAUGAAAUGCUCGUUCCUUCAGCUUAUUAAAUUACAUUCAUUCAGCUCGGUAUGCUUGGAUUUCCAAGUUAAACCAAGGAGUAGCUGUGUGCUGAACGAGAGCAGACACCCCUCUUCAUUCAAUCUGUCCUACCACUUCCCUUUUAUGCAUUUCUGUAUUCACGUCCCUCAAACUCUUACAAUCCCCUCAUUCCAGGUUUUAUUUCAGUUUGAUCCCACUAAACAUCAAGUGCCAAAGUAAUCUGAUGGUAUCGGUUUUACUGUCCUGUGUUUCUUUGUAAAGGAAGUUGUAUAUAUGUAUAUUUGCUACCACUCUUUUAUGUAUGACUUCAGAAUGAAUAAAAAUUGUGUUAUUUUUAUCUUAAA